AUGACCUCUUGGCAUUCAUGCGUGGCCAACGCGACGAAGAACGCUACGUCCGCGUGUUCCACCUCAUGCAAUGGGUCAAACAGUACCAGAAGGCUUGGCUAG